AUGGAGCAAAGCUCGAGUCGUGCGUACCGCCGGCGAAAGCGCAAGUUGGCGUGCAAAUACUGCAAUUCUCGCCACAUACGAUGCAAGAUGCCAGAGACAACAGAGACAUCCGACCGGGCAGGACAUGCCCGUCAAUAUCAAUGCCAGGCUUGUUUGGAUGCCAAUAAAGAGUGCGAUCUCGAAACGCUUGCAAUUACAAUGUAUCCAGAGUUAUUCCCUCCGCCUCAGCCGACACCACCGCGUGAAAGAGUCCGAGCCCGUCUGCCGCCCACACAGCCAUCAGAGCACUACCAUCAUCAGCAGAGCACGCAGAACGGCGCUGGUCUCAAUUUAUCCGCAAGUGGCCAAGACGUGUCAUAUUCGCCUCGUUCCAAGAGCACCCCACCGUGCCCGCCGCAGGAAGGGUCGGAGAUGAUCCUCGUACGAUUGAUGGAUACGCAGCAGGACAAGGAUGAACUUGACCAGCCGACCAAAACGACCGACCGGGUCCUGUAUUUUGGAGACGAAUCGAUCUGGUCUGAUAGCCUCCGACGAGCUCGGAGCAGCAAAUCCAAAUCUCGAUAUCCUGCAAGCCCACAGCCCCUGGGCGCCCGAUCAUUGGUGGACAGUAACAACAUCCAUUACGCUGUGCCGCCCACGGUCAGAGACCAACCGCAAGAUAUCCCACAGGACGACCUCGACGUGCAGCAGGAGGAAAUCAAGCUACUGCAGAAGAAAGGGGCCUUUUCUCUGCCACCUCCCGACAUCCAGCGGAAACUCCUCGACGCGUUUUUCACCUGGUCGUAUCCCUUACAGCCCAUCCUCGACAAGGAGCAGUUUCUCGACGACUUCGAAAGGGGCCAAGCGCCCAUCAUCCUCGUCCAAGCGUUACUGUUCGCCGGCACCACGUGCUGCGACGAGAACACCAUCGUACAAUUCUGGCCGAGUCGCCGCGCCGCCCAAUCGACCCUGUACAAGCGGGUCAGGGCGCUGUACGACGCGGACCACGAACAGAACCGCGUCACCAUCGUCCAGGUCCUCUUCCUCAUGUGUUUCUGGUGGGGGAGCCCCAUGGACAAAAAGGACUUUAGCCACUGGUUGGCGGCGUCUAUCCAUCUGGCCCAAGUGACGGGCAUGCAUCGGUCGACAAAGGACUCUCAUCUCCCCAUAAAGGACAGAAAGCUCUGGAAGCGCAUUUGGUGGACUUUAUACGUACGCGACCAUUUCGAUGCUGCGUCAGUAGGCCGGCCCAUGAUCAUCCACGACGACGAUUGUGACGUUGAGCCCUUGUGCCUGACUGAUUUUGAAUGCGACGAGAACGGAAUGCCACCCCUGGGAGCUAUGCAUUGUAUUGAGAUGACGAAACUGGCUACUCUAACGAUUCGAGCCGUCCGAUCCGGUCAAAUACCCAGAGACCCUCCUUCUCCCACUGACGCCAAAGGAGCCAUCGACGACGCUCUUUCAGCUUGGGAAAAGCAGCUGCCAGAGCAGUUACGAUACCGCGAAGGGGAAGAGCGAAGCCCACAGGCCAUGCUAUUUGCAGCGAUGCUGAUGCUGGGCCUGCAUUUCUGCCGGAUUGUACUGCAUCGAAAAGGGUUCUUGGACUCGAAACACAAGAACGAAACCAACUCGAGGGCCCUGGCGUCUGCUAAUGCCGUGACUCGCAUUGUCGAAGAACUACUCAGUGAGGGUCUCCUGCCGCGGGCACAAGUACAUUUAAUCGCGGUCAUUUUCGCCUCGUUCACCAUCCAUAUCGUUUCGAUGGAGCAAAGCCAGGGCGCACGCAGACGAGUCCUGCAACACAAAUCCAAGCUGUGCCUCUUAGGUCUCGCAGAGUUUCGUGACUAUUGGCCGUUUGUGGACUGGAUGUAUCGACUAUUUAGCAGUCUGCUGCACUGGCUGGAGGUGGGAGACAGCAGCACCACUUCCUUGUCCUCCGAAGGCCACAAUCAGGGACUAUGGACAACCACCACUACCCAGCUUCGUCCGGAGAACAUGAGUCUACAAGCCGCUGAACUGACGGACAGCACUACAGAUAUCACUACCACCCAUGGUGGCGAUAACAACACGGCCAUGUCUCUCCCACUCUCCUAUGAGCAAGAUGCGAGUUCCAUGGCCGAUGCUCAGCCCCCCGAUCAUUCCGGCAUGCUCCAGCAAUUCAUGUCCGGCAUGUUGGCAUCAGAAAACUUUCUCGACCCGUUUCUGCCACCGCUGGAAAAUCUCGAUUGGGAUGAUCCCAACAUGGCAGGAAAUCCCAUGCUCUGGACUUCCACGCCGCUACCCACGGUGGAAAGAGGGUCUCUGUCCUGA